AAUAAUUUCUGUUAUGGCACAGCUAAAUCAGCGUACAGUCCGAACAGCUUUCCGUGCCCUCACCAAGACUCAGGUAUACGAGGAUGGAAAAAGUAAUAAACUGUUUUUGCAAACGACCUGAUGCUGUGUCAAGACUGGUCUGCUUUCCCUGGGCUGGAGGAGGUUCCAUUUAUUAUGCUCGCUGGGGCCAACUCUUUAACAGUUCAGUAGAAGUUUACUCUGUUAAACUUCCUGGAAGAGAAACCCGAGUUCACGAGCCUUUUGCAGAAGACAUCCAGCAGAUUGUUGAUGAGGUCAUUAGCAUGUUGCUGCCAGAACUCAAAGAAAAACCUUUUGUGUUUUUUGGUCAUAGUUUUGGGGCUCUUACCUGCUUUGCUACUGCGGAACACUUGAAAAAAAAACAUGGACUAGAGCCAGUGCAUCUUUUUGUAUCUGGUGCUUCAGCCCCACAUUCCAAGGCACGUCAGGCCUCACUGAAGAGGUCUGAGUUGUCAGAUGAAGAGUUCCUCAAAUGGAUGACUGCAGUAGGCGGAACUCCUUCUGAAAUCUUAAAGAACACAGAAGCAAUGAAGUUAUUUCUUCCCGUCCUCAGAGCUGAUAUGCGGGUUGUAGAGAAAUACAGCUAUCCAGCACCAGAAAGCAAUGUUCUUACCUGCCCUGUUACAUGUUUUGAUGGAAAAGAGGAUAUACCACAUGACCUAGAAGCAUGGAAGGAUCUAACCAGUGGGGAAUUCACAAUACAAAUGCUUCCAGGUGCUCACUUUUAUUUAAAGGAUCCCAGCAACGAAACUAUAAUAAUAGACAACAUCACAAAACACCUAGAGACUGCUGAAAUGGAUUAUCUAAACUGAUGUUCACCUUUUCAGAUUUAAAUAGUGGAAUUCUGUUUUUCUGUUGUUUUAAUUGUCAGCCAUUCCACAGUGGAGACUGCAAAUAUGUUGAUUAACCUGGGUUGAUUUGAUAUCAGACUGUCAGCGACAUAGCAUUCAUCCCAACAUACAGUACGGUUUCAUUUAAGGUUACAUUCAAACCUGCAUAACAAAAACAAAAGAAACAGUCAAAUGAAUUUACAAGUCAGCAAUCGGUACCAUAAUUACAAACAACCUAUUUUACAAUAAUCGGAAUAUCAGCAUGGACCAGUUCAUAUUUCUUUGACACAGAGAAAAGAGACAUUGAGGGAAACCGAUUGUGCAAAUGUUCUCCAAAAAUAUAUAAUUAAAUUAAGUAAACUGAUUCCUAUAACAUAGCCUUAUUAGCCCAACCAGUCACAAACCAGAACUCGUUAUUAAGUUAUGUAAGAAAACACAAACCACUAACGUGUAAAGGUGGUGGUAAAAACAAGGUCUAGUUUAUUGUAGUAAUAGAAUACAAACAGAGCAGCGAGCUGCAGUCUCAAUGGGAUGGACACCUGAGCCCCAGGCACUGGGUUGUGUCAUCCUUUAUACAUAAAAGUGUUUCAUCCCUCAAGCACAAGACAUGCACAGCAUUUGAAACACAAACAAUUUCCAUAUAUGGUUCUUAAUAAGUAGUUUCAUUAUUUUCUGCAU